AUGCAAAAUGUUUAUGUUUCUCAUAAAACGAAAUUAAUAUUACUUUUUUUUAUGGUUGUGUUUCUAAAAUGCAAUGAUACAAUAAUAGAAGCUUUUAACUUCUCGAGGAGUGCAGAAAAAUUAAAUUACGUACUAAAUUAUAAAAACUCAAAUAUAUAUAGACUAGAUCAAAAUAUAAAUAAAAGUUUUUUAAAAAAACGCCAAUUUAAAAGAAAUUCUACAAUAGGUUUUGAUAAUGAUGUAAAAAUAAGCGAUGGUGACGCACAAUCAGAUGACACACCUGUUGAAAAAUAUAACUUCAAAGCUGAGGUUAACAAAGUUAUGGACAUAAUUGUUAAUUCUCUAUAUACAGAUAAAGAUGUAUUUUUAAGAGAAUUAAUAUCUAAUGCUUCCGAUGCAUGUGACAAAAAAAGGAUUGGAUUAGAAAAUGAAAAAAGAGCGGAGGAAGCACAAAAUAUUGUAAACGCCUCUGCAUCAUCAGAACUGGCUAGUGACCAAAAAACAACAGAAGAGGGAAAUACACCUGCUGAUAAAAUAAAAAAACUAAUAAUAAAAAUCAAGCCUGAUAAAGAAAAAAAAACCUUAACAAUUACUGAUAACGGAAUUGGUAUGGAUAAAAAUGAACUAAUAAAUAAUUUAGGAACAAUAGCUCAAUCGGGUACUGCAAAAUUCUUAAAACAAAUAGAAGAAGGAAAAGCUGACAGUAAUUUAAUUGGACAAUUUGGUGUUGGUUUUUAUUCUUCUUUUCUUGUUUCUAAUAAAGUCGAAGUUUUUACAAAAAAAGAAGAUAAAAUAUUUAGGUGGUUUUCGGAUUUGAAUGGUAGUUUUAAUGUAAAUGAAAUUAAAAAAUAUGAACAAGAAUAUGAAGAUAUAAAAACAAGUGGUACUAAAAUUGUUUUACACUUAAAAGAAGAAUGUGAUGAAUAUUUAGAAGAUUAUAAAUUAAAAGAGUUAAUAAAAAAAUAUUCGGAAUUUAUUAAAUUUCCAAUAGAAAUAUGGUCAGAAAAAAUUGAUUAUGAAAGAGUUCCAGAUGAUUCUGUAUCUUUAAAAGAUGGUGAUAAAAUGAAAAUGAAAACAAUUACAAAAAGAUACCAUGAAUGGGAAAAAAUAAAUGUUCAAUUACCAAUAUGGAAGCAAGAUGAAAAACAAUUAACAGAAAAUGAUUAUUAUAGUUUUUAUAAAAAUACAUUUAAAGCUUAUGAUGAUCCAUUAGCAUAUGUUCAUUUUAAUGUAGAAGGACAAAUUUCAUUUAAUUCAAUUUUAUACAUACCGGGUUCUUUACCUUGGGAACUAAGCAAAAAUAUGUUUGAUGAAGAAUCUCGAGGAAUUAGAUUAUAUGUAAAACGAGUUUUUAUAAAUGAUAAGUUUUCAGAAUCAAUACCAAGAUGGUUAACCUUUUUAAGAGGUAUUGUUGAUAGUGAAAAUUUGCCACUAAAUGUUGGUAGAGAAAUUUUGCAAAAAUCAAAAAUGCUAUCAAUUAUUAACAAAAGGAUUGUUCUAAAAAGUAUCAAUAUGAUGAGGGGAUUGAAAGAAACUGGAGGAGAAAAAUGGAAUAAAUUCCUCAAUACAUUUGGAAAAUAUCUUAAAAUUGGAGUUGUAGAAGAUAAAGAAAACCAAGAAGAAAUUGCAUCUUUAGUUGAAUUUUAUUCAAUAAAUAGUGGUGAUAAAAAAAUUGACCUUGAUACAUAUAUAGAAAAUAUGAAAUCGGAUCAAAAAUGUAUCUAUUAUAUUUCAGGAGAAAAUAAAAAAACAGCACAAAAUUCACCAUCUUUAGAAAAAUUAAAAGCCUUAAAUUAUGAUGUCUUAUUUUCCUUAGAACCAAUAGAUGAAUUCUGUUUAUCCUCUUUAUCUGUUAAUAAAUAUAAAGGCUACGAUGUUUUAGAUGUUAAUAAAGCUGAUUUAAAAUUAAAGACUGAAAAUGAUCAAAAUAAGUCGGAUAAUAUAAAUAAAUUAAAAAUCAAAUAUGAAGUAUUAUGUAGAUGGCUACAUAAUAAAUUCUCUCAUAAAAUACAUGAAGUUCGAAUUUCAGAUCGAUUAAUAGAUUCACCUUCUUUAUUAGUUCAAGGAGAAAUGGGUAUAUCUCCUUCUAUGCAAAAAUAUAUGAAGCAGCAAGCUACUGCUCAAGGAAUGUCAGAAAAUGAAAUGUUUGGUGGUCAAUCAAUGAAUCAGCCGGUAUUGGAAAUUAAUCCUAAUCACUACAUAAUUAAACAACUAAACCAUUUAAUACAAAUAGAUAAAAUGAAUCCAAAAAAUGACGAAAUAGCAGAACAAAUUUUUGAUGUUGCAUCUAUGCAAGGUGGAUAUACAAUAGAUGAUACAGGCCGUUUUGCAAAACGUGUUAUAGGAAUGAUGGAGAGAAAUGCCCAAGCAUAUUUAAAGGAUGUUCAAGAUGAUAUAGAUAUUACGCCAUCAAACAAUUCUGAAGAUAGUGCUUUAGAUAAUACCACACCAAAUGAUGAAAGUCAGUUAAAUUCUGAGCAGAAUGACAUUAAUCAAAAUGCCUCGACAAGUGAUAAUACAUCACAGGAAUCUGAUGAAAACAAUUCUGAAAAUUAA